CAUCUUCCAUUUUUGCGCAACGGGAAUUUUGAUUGACUAACUCGACAUCACCAACAGCCCGCCAAUUCCCUUCCACCACCAACCACUCCCGACCAACGUCACGAUGUCGCAGCCGAGCACACAGAAGAAGUUCGGAAAGUCGACCCGGGAGGUCCCUCAUCCUUCCCAGAAGGUCCAGAAAUGGUACCCUGCCACGGAUGAGCCCAAGCCCAAGAAGGUUCGCAAGACCCUUCGCCCCUGGGCUCCCCGCGACUCUCUUACCCCCGGUACCGUUUUGAUCCUCCUAGCUGGGCGGUUCCGCGGCAAGCGUGUCGUGCUUCUCAAGACGCUCGACCAGGGUGUUCUGCUUGUUACUGGCCCCUUCAAGAUCAACGGUGUCCCUCUGAGACGCGUCAACUCUCGAUAUGUCAUCGCCACCUCACAGAAGAUCGACCUUGCCGGUGUAGACCAGGCCAAGAUCGAUGAGGUCUCAGAACCCAAAUACUUCGCUCGCGAUGCUGCCAAGGAUAAGGCUAGUGAAGAGGCAUUCUUCAAGCAGGGAGAGCAGCCACAGAAGAAGGAAAUCAGCAGUAGCCGAGCGGCGGACCAGAAGACCAUCGAUAAGGCCUUGAUUGCCAACAUUAAGAAAGUAGACCAGCUUGCUAGCUACCUCGCUAGCUCUUUUAGCCUUCGCAAGGGCGACAAGCCCCACGAGAUGAAGUGGUAAAUCAACCUAACGACGGAAUGGGCUUUUCUCGAUCGGUUAUGAUGAUGCUUUAGAAGGGAAAACUCACAGAUUGCGGAUGGCGAAUCGCGGGAACUGGGCUGCCAAUUGCAUCUGGACGUUGAGGCAUCGGUCACAUUGAUUCUGGCGUCUGUAAUUGAGGUUUUUAGUCAAUAAAAAAGGACUACAAAGGCAUCACGGUCGUUUUACUUGAUUACGGUGUUACUGUGGGGAAUCAGGCUUGCAUGAAGAGCGAAAGGUCGCGGCGAGUACCUAUAUGCUAUUAAGCUUUAGAGAAUGUGCAUACACAGCCUCAGAUCACUUGAUUCAUCUAGUUAGAUUUUUAAGGUAGCUAGAGGUUACCUAAUAAUCAA